AUGAACGAAGUCCUGGACCCGGCGGCCAACCUGGGGGUGGUCUCGGCCACCACCUGCGUCUCCAAGGUGGAGCUCCGCAUCUGCUGCAAGCACCUCCUCGACCGGGACACCCUCAACAAGUCGGACCCCUGCGUGGUCCUCCUCAUGCAGUCCCAAGGACAGUGGGCGGAGGUGGAGAGGUCCGAGGUCAUCCGGAGCAACCUGAACCCCGUCUUCGCCAAGGUCUUCACGGUGGACUAUUACUUCGAGGAAGUGCAGAAGCUGCGCUUCGAAGUCUACGACAUCCACGGGCAUGGCGGCCCGGGCACCCACGAUGACGAUUUCCUGGGGGGCAUGGAGUGCACGGUGGGGCAGAUCGUGGCCCAGAAGCGGGUGAGCAAGCCGCUCUUUCUCAAGUACGGGAAACCUGCCGGCAAGUCCACCAUCACCGUGACCUCGGAGGAGAUUUUUGGAGACAACGGCUUCGUGGAGCUUUUCUUUCGGGCAAAGAAGCUGGAUGACAAGGAUCUUUUCAGUAAGUCAGAUCCCUUUCUGGAAAUCUACCGGAUCAAUGAUGAUGGAAGUGAGCAGCUGGUGCACCGGACUGAGUUUGUCAAGAACAACCUGAGCCCCAUCUGGGAACCUUUCAAGGUCUCCCUGAACUCUCUCUGCAGCUGUGAAGAGAAGCGGAAGCUGAGGUGUGUCGUCUUUGACUACGACUCCCGAGGGAAACACGACUUCAUCGGAGAGUUUUUCACCACUUUCGAAGAGAUGCAGAAAGCCACGGGGGGCAACAAGAUCCAGUGGGACUGCAUGAACCCCAAGUACAAACUGAAGAAGCGGAACUACAGGAAUUCGGGCGUGGUCAUCCUCCUGGACCUGAAGAUCCACAGGGUUUACUCCUUCCUGGAUUACAUCAUGGGCGGCUGUCAGAUCCACUUCACGGUGGCCAUUGACUUCACAGCCUCCAAUGGGGACCCCCGAAACAGCUGCUCCCUUCACUACAUCAACCCUUACCAACCCAACGAAUACCUGAAGGCCCUGGUGGCCGUGGGGGAGAUUUGCCAGGACUACGACAGCGACAAGAAAUUCUCUGCCUUGGGCUUUGGAGCAAGGAUUCCCCCCAACUACGAAGUCUCCCAUGAUUUUGCCAUUAACUUCAGUGCUGAGGACGAUGAGUGUGAAGGCAUCCAGGGGGUGGUGGAGUCUUACCAGAGUUGCUUGCCCAAGAUCCAGCUCUACGGCCCAACCAACGUGGCCCCCAUCAUCUCCAAAGUGGCCAAAGUAGCCGCCAAUGAAGAAAAGACGCAGGAGGCUUCGCAAUACUACAUCCUGCUGAUCCUGACCGACGGGGUGGUGACCGACAUGGCGGACACGCGGGAAGCCAUCGUCCGGGCCUCCUAUCUGCCCAUGUCCAUCAUCAUUGUGGGGGUGGGCAAUGCCGACUUCACCGACAUGCAGAUCCUGGACGGGGACGAUGGGAUCCUUCGCUCCCCCAAAGGAGAGCCGGUCAUGCGGGAUAUCGUGCAGUUCGUCCCCUUCCGAGACUUCAAGAAUGCUUCGCCCACCGCCCUGGCCAAGUGUGUGCUGGCAGAGGUGCCCAAGCAGGUGGUCGAAUAUUACAGCUCCAAGGCCUUGCCCCCCCGCGGCCCCAAAGGGAGCACCCCCGGCUCUGCUUUGAACUCACCGCAGUGA